AGCCUUCGAACCCUAAUUGCCUCGUUCCAAACCGAAACCAUCGCUCCCUCCCACGAAGGGAAAAGGCUACGGGGGGAAGCGCAUGUCUAACCACGCUGCUAUCACGUUAGGGCGUCUCUUCUAGCAACUCACUCUGUGGACACACGGCCAUGCCUUCCCGCUAGCCUCCUCCCUGCCCACUGCGACGGACAGGGGUUGCCGGAUCAUCACCUCCACAGCGGCGCCGCUUUCUUCAAUCGAAGCUGUGCUUUGAUUGAUUAAUUGGCUGGCCCCAUUGAUGCGAAGGGUUUUGCACCUCAGUCAGUCAUGGCAUGGUGUUAGAGGGUGUGGGAACUUGUUACUUCGUACGUGGAAUCCGGCAGAGAGGGAGGGCAAAAGAUGGAAAACGGGCUCCAGGAGUUCGCGGAACAGAUGUUGGCCACGGCGGUGGUCGGGAAGGACCAGGACGUUGUGAAGGUGUUGACGAGCGUGGAGGUCGGCGAUGACCUGAAAGAUACGACGAUGACGGAGGUGGUGGAGGAAAAAGUCGGAGGGGGGGGCGGUGCAGAAGGGGGAGAGGGGGAAGAAGAAGAGGAUGUGUACUCCAUGGAGGUGAGUGACGAAUUGGAGAAGAGAAAUGAGGUUGUUGCGAAGGAGGCGGAGUCGACGGCUGUGGCCGUGGCUCCCCCCGAGCUAGACAAGAAUGAUGACUUUCCGAAGGAGGAAGAUGUGACGAUGAGCACGAUAAACGACGAGCCGACGAGUGAAUCGGGGGCCGCGACCGAGAGAGGUCCGGCAGAGAUCCCAUUUGCCGAGCCGGCAGCCGGCGCGGCAGCAGCAGCAGCAUCCGAAAAAGAGGAUGUGACGGAUCUCAACGAAACACCGAAGCUCGAGCUAGAAAAUGAAAGCGAAGAGAUGAGAGUGAAUGAGGCAAGCCCGACGCCCCCGACGCACGACCUUGUGGAAGCAGCCGAAGAGCUGGAAGUGCCACAAGAAUCUCCGGCGAAAUCAGAAGCCGUGAAAGACGAGGUGGUCGAAAGAGUGAUAAGGCCAGCCUUGGAUGUGAAUGAGCCGGCGGAGGCAUUGAAAACGGUGGAAGGGGUGCAUUCCGACGUCGCGCCCUUCCGCAACGUGAGAGCGGAAGAAGCAAAGGCGCUGCAUGAUGCGGAGACCAAAAUGGUGAGCGCCGCGGCAUGCGUGGCGAACGAAGCAAUGGAAAGCGCGCACGAGGAUGUGCGUGCCGCGGCGCAGGGAGAAGAGGAGGUUGCGCAAGUGAAACUCGAGCCCAAAGAUGAGGGGCAGUCUUCCGGACAGGUCGAUGAUAUUCGCUCGAGCCAAAGUCAGCCGAACGGCGGCGCGGACAUGGCCGUGGAUGCGAAGGAAGGCGACGCAGGCGUGGUGCCGAAGGCGGAGAAGACGGAGUUGGAGCGGGAGAUGGAAUUGUACGAGGCGUCGGAAAGAGAGGAGCAGGUGUGGUUGCUGGCGCCGACGAGAGUGGAGCAGCAAUGCGAGGAGCCAAGCAAGGAUGUGCAGAACGACAGGAAACGUGCCCUGGACAUGCCGACGCAGGAGCGGCAGAGGAAGCAGAGCAGGAGAACGCACGCGGCAGAGGAGCGGAAGAAGGACGAGGAGGACGUGUGCUUCAUCUGCUUCGACGGCGGGGACCUGGUGAUGUGCGAUCGCAGGUCUUGUCCGAAGGCGUAUCACCUGAGCUGCAUUGGGCGCGACGCCGCCUUUUUCAAGAAGAAGGGGGCAUGGUUGUGCGGAUGGCACUUCUGCUCCGUGUGCACGAAGCCCGGAAGCUUUCAGUGUUACACAUGCCCGACAGCUUAUUGCGGGAGCUGCAUCCAGGAAGCGGAGUUUCUGAUGCUGAGGAAGCGGAAAGGAUUGUGCGAGGAUUGUUUGCCGAUAGUGAGCAUGAUCGAGCGGAACGAGACCACGAAUGCGGACGGGGUGGAGGUGGACUUCGAGGAUCAGGACACGUACGAGUGCUUGUUCAAGGAGUACUGGGAGGAUCUGAAGAGGAGGCUGUCGUUGAUCAUGCCGGAGUUGGACAAGGAUGGGAAACCGGUGGGCGGGAUGGGGAGCAUGCUGAACAGCGGGGGGUCGGAAACGGAGGAUCACUCGGAGAACGAGGAGUCGGACAGGGAGUCGGACGAGUCGGAGCAGGAACAUCCGGAACCCGUGGAGGCGGCGAGGAAGGGGAGGGGGAAAGGGAAGAAGGAUAGGAUGGGGUCGGAGAAGAUGGAGGAGGACGUGGACCAGGAGGAGGGGGAGGAGGAGGGGGAGGGGGAGGGGGAGGAAGAGGAGGUGCAGGAGCAGCAGGAAGAUCGGGGGGACAAAUUCGAGAGCUGGGCGUCGCAGGAGCUGCUGGGCUUCAUCGAACACAUGAAAGAGGACCCAACGAAGCCGCUGUCACGGUUUGCGGUGAACAAGUUGCUAUGGAGCUACAUCAAGCGUCACAGGUUGCAGGACGCGCGGAAGAGCAGCCAGAUAAACUGCGACGAGAGGUUGAGGACCAUAUUUGGGAAGGAGACGGUGGGGCAGUUCGAGAUGUUCAAGCAUCUGCAGGCACACUUUCCGUCACGGAGCUCGGUGGAUAGCAAGAAGAGCAAGGAUUCUGGGAAGGGGGACGAGGCGGCGACGGAGGAUGAGGCGUUGAAAAACGGCGAGGACGUGGUAGGGAGCGCGAAGGAGAGGCGAAGAGGUCGCAGGGCGGCGGACGAGAAGUUCGAGCGGCCGAGCAGCAGCGAGUACGCGGCGAUCACGCCGAAGAACAUCAGCCUGAUAUACCUGCGGAGAGCGCUGCUGAGAGAUCUGUUGGACGACCCGGAGUUCGACAACAAAGUGGUGGACACAUUCGUGAGGAUACGGGUUCCUGGAAUAUCGACGAAGACGGAGACGACGUACAGACUGGUGCUGGUGACAGGGACAAGAAUCGGCGAAGAGAGCUACAAAGCAGGGACGAAGACGACGAACAUCGUGCUGGAGAUUCUGAAUCUGCAAAAGAAGGAGGACGUGACGGUGGAUCUGGUGUCGAACCAAGACUUCACAGAGGAGGAAUGCCAGCGGCUGCGGCAAAGCAUCAAAUGUGGGUUCAUCAAGGCACUGACAGUGGGUGAAGUGGAGGAGAAAGCGUUAGCGUUGCAGGAGGCGAGGGUGAACGAUUGGUUCGAGAACGAAAGGCAGCGUCUGAUCAACCUGCGGGAUCGUGCGAGCGAGCAGGGACGGAAGAAAGAGUUGCGGGAGUGCGUGGAGAAACUUCAAGAGAUGAGCAGUCCUGCGUUUCGUGCAGCCAAGCUUCAGGCAAGACCCGAGGUGUCGGUGGACCCGCACAUGGAACCGGGGUACGAAUCGGACGUGAACGAGAUGUCACCGCUGCAAGUGGGUGGGCGGAUGUUUCGGGCGAAGGGCGCAGCGAGCAGUCGAUGGGAGAAAGGCGGUGGGAGCGGCGGCGGCGGCGGGGGGUGGGACGGUUUGAACGUGGAGGAGUCGUCGUUUUACCCCGGCAGGAAAGGCGAUGCGGAUGGUCAGAGAUCGAAGUCGAGCUGGGAGGAGACGAGCCGGAGCAGAGGUUACGGUCGCGGUGGGUACGAUGCAGGGCGCAGCGGCGAGAAGGUAGGAGCAGGUCGCGAAUCGAGUUACGGUGUGGAGGCGAAGACGUACGGGAGCGACGAAAGGGAUAGGCGGGUAUGGGACAAGGAUUGGGAUAGGGAGCAAACGCGAGAGCAGGAGCGCGGUCGCGGGGAUGCGUACAACUGGAGCAGCAGCGGCGGACGGAACGGGUUGGACGCGUGGGGCGGGGAGGUCGGGGAGGCGAAGUACGGGCGAGGAGAGACGAGAACCGGGACGACACCGGUGUUCGGGCAGCCUCGGACGGAGUGGGGGAGCACGAGAAGAGAGGCUGCAUCGACGGCGAGUGUGUCGAGCACGCCGGUAGGUUUCGGUCCAGCGACGCCGAGCAUACAAAACCUGGCUGCGUUGGAGAAGGAGAAGCUGUGGCACUACCAGGAUCCGACGGGAACAGUGCAGGGGCCGUUCACGAUGGAGCAACUGAGGAAAUGGAACACGACAGGGCUAUUCCCGGUGACGCUGACAAUCUGGAAGACGGGUCAGUCGCAAGCGGAGUCGAUGCUGCUGACGGACGCGUUGGCGGGGCGGUGGAAGGAGGAGAUUUGGGGAGGUGGGGCGGGGGGCGCGGGUCGGAGCAGGUCGAGGGAAUUGGUAGGAGGCGGGUCUCCAACGCCCCGGGCGAACUCAGCGUGGAGCGUGAUGGAAGGGGGACUGGGUGCGAGUCGAGGCGAGGUGGGUGCAGCGGUGAGCAGCACGGAGUGGGAGUCCCGAGAUGCAGCAGAGCGAGGUGGGAGCUGGGCGAGAGUUGCAAGCAGUUUCGGGGGCGUGUCUUCGGGGAGCGGACGAGCAGUGGAGGAGUGGAGCGGCGCCAGGGCCCGGGCGGAGCCGGAAAGUUGGGGCGGGUCGUCUCGGAAAGGCGACGGCAGUAGUUGGGGAGGGAGCGAGAGCGGGAAGAGCACGUACGGUCGGAGCAACUCGAGUCGCGAGUACGAAGGGGCAGCGGGUCGAGAAGGGUCUCGAAGUAGUCGGGGACCUCGAGGAUCAAAGAAGGACGUGCCGUGCAGGUUCUACGCGAAGGGUUAUUGCAAGAGAGGAGACGCUUGUGAAUUUUGGCACGGUUGAGAGGAGAGCCCCGGGGAAUGGGACGUGGGCGAAAUUUUGUUAUGAGAUAUUUAUUCAUUGAAUACGUAGUGGAGGUGAGGUUUUGUUUGCAGUAGUAGUGGUGUAGGACUAGGCAUUGCUGUGCAUCACAUUGUUAUUACGUUUUAGGGUGGGUUUUUAUUGUUUUGGAAAAUUGUGGUUAAUGCCAGAGUGUGGAAUGCGCCUUUUUUCUGAGGUUCAUGAGGGGACUUCGUCGUUUUUGGUGGAUGCUUUGGAAGGGGUCCGGUGCCCGGCGUGGUGGACAGUUUGCCGAUUAAGUCAUAUAUUGCGAGAUUUUUGGUGCAUUGAUCGGUGAGGGCCGGUAUAUUUCAGGGUUGGAGUGGGAUGGGCUGAGCCGGAUUUUUCGCAGACUUUGCAAGCAUGGUGCAGCUGCUGUCAGAUGCAAAUGAGUUAUUCAGGAAAGAAAUGAAGACCAUCAUUUAUCCCUCCUUUUCGAAAUGCGAGAUUGUGAUACCUUAAGUCAUGGCGUAAAUUUCUCUAAAAAAUCAGUGCGAUCGCCGUCGAGACCAUCGAAAUCCCCUUUACCUGAACAAAUAGUUUGGGAUUCUUUAUUUCCUUGUCGGAUGUAUCCGAUGGCGACAUGAACGACUCCUUGGGUGUGUGUAUCACUCAUUGAGUUUUAAACUUCCCUGUCAAUGGAAAGUGAAUCUCACACUUGGAUGUGUAGUUCCGUGCCCCGCUAAUAUUCAAAGAUCGUCGAUCGUACAUUUCCUACCCCCCUAAGUGACGGGAGUUUUAACCAACGAAUAUAAAUUCCAGUCUAGUCUGACCUCUUUGAAUCUGGGAAAUUCGGGGCAGAUUAUAUCUGGAGAAUGCUGAGUGAUCAAAUGCAGGGGAGAUUUAAAAGAUCCUUUUUGUACUAUUACAAUGACGUUCCUGCAAAUGACGACUUAAGGUGUAUGAUCACAAGCAUGCGAACCCCAAGAUCACUAUUUUAAUAGUCGAAUUGAAGCUCCAUAGCGAUUGAAGCCGACAGCAAGUUAACAUACGAAAAUAUUGUUGAUUGCGUGUGGUUCAAUACCGAAGUAGAGCAGAUUUUCAAAAUGUUUGGCUACCCUAACUGAUGGUUUAAAUCUGGAAACUCUCGACACCGAGAUUUUGGAGCGUU